GGAUCUCAAUCUCAAAGUCUUUUUCUCUCCAAAAGACCUAGUUUUUCGGGAUUAUUUAGGGUUUACUGUCCUUUGAAUCUUCUUCUUCUAUUGCCAUGGAAAUAGAAGAAACUAAUAUAAUUGAAGUUGAAACGAAGGUGAUGAAUCUAGAGCUAGACAUGGAGUCUAAGAACAUUCUCUCAAUCCGUGUACGCAAUCUGAUUAAAGAUUUUACCGAAGACGAAAGUGGAACGGUAACACAUAUAAGAGAACGUUACAUCCCCUUGGAGACACAUGGCAUCACGCCAAGUCAUAUCUGUGAUCUCCUUCGUGGCCAGCAAGUUAAUGAAUCUCAGCACAUAGGUGAAAAACUCGCAAACGAAAUCAAUCGUUCACUUACUAAUGACAAAACUCUUCGAGAGCCUGUCUUCGUGAGCGUCUAUGUUGAACUCGUCAAAGAGAGGCGUUUGUUGGUUCUGCAGAGAUUGGUGGAAGAACAUAGAGUGGAUUUUAAAGGAGAUAAAGAAACUCAGUGUUCAAUUUGCAUCGAGGAUUUGUCCGAGAAGAGUCAACAAAGCAUCAUUGAGAUUCCCAACUGUUUGCAUAUGUUUCAUCAAAACUGUCUUUCCGAGUGGCUUCGUCGGAAAAACUCGUGUCCGUUGUGCCGGAGAUCCGUACGACCUAGGAAUUGGAUCAAGAAACAGAAACUCGAAAACUUUACAGCUUCAGGGGUUCGGAUUCGAUUUAUUGACACUCAUCCUUAUACUAAUUAAUUCUUAUAAGAUGAAAUUGCUUAUAAGUAUCAUGAAUUAUUGGCUGACUUACUGAAGGUGUAAUUCAUUAUGUAAUCAGAUCACAAUUAGAUUUUUUUUUUUAAAUGAAAGGAUUGUGAUGAUUAA